UUUUCGAGCGUUAGCGUUAUCAAAUGAAGUGGUGAAGAGCAGAGCAUGAGAAUUAUUUUUUUUAUCUUUCGACCGUUUAUUGCACUUGUCUCAAUGUCAACUGCUGCACUGCUGGACAGCUAACUCGUGACUAACUUUUGAGUUUUCCAACUUGUUGAAACACACGAUUUUUCAGUCGGUACGUGCGGUUUUUACUAUCUUCGAAAUUAGCAUCGCGUGACACUCGUGAGUCAUUGAAGUCCAACAAUCCAACAUACUGAAUGACUAUUAUCAACAGCAUCAAAGCUAUCCUGAUUCAGCUUUACUUAAAUAAAUUCUGAGGGUCUACGCUGUCGCUGUUUUGAUCGAUCCACUUCUAGCUGUCUUCCUUCCACUAACAAAAAAUGGAUCAUAGUAUGCAUGGACAUGGCCACGGUGAUCAUGGAGGAAUGGAAGGACACGCAGGCCACAUGGGUCACUCGAUGGACCACCAGCCUUUAAUGGGAGCCAACCCCUCUACCGUUAUCGAUGCUCAUGCUUCUGUGGGCCAUGACAUGAAUGACAUGGGUCAUAUGGAUCACAUGAUGAGUAUGAGCUUUCACUUUGGCAACAAUGAAACAGUAUUAUUUGAUUUCUGGAAAUUCACCACGACCAGUGGUCUGAUCGGAUCAAUGCUUGGAAUCUUCAUCAUGGCUGCUCUAUAUGAGGGUCUCAAAUAUUACAGAGAAUACCUGUUUUGGCGGACAUACAAUGCUCUUCACUACAAAUCAGUACAAACCCCUGGUGAUAAGAGCCCUGUUGCCUCAGAUGACAACCGAGUAAUACAGCCAUCAAUGCUGAGUGGCAAUCACUUCCUUCAAACAAUUUUACAUAUCAUCCAAAUAGUUGUUAGUUACCUUCUUAUGUUGAUUUUUAUGACUUAUAACGUUUGGCUGUGUAUAGCCGUAGUUUUGGGUGCAGCAACUGGUUACUUCCUAUUUGGCUGGAAAAAGUCUGUUAUUGUCGAUGUAACUGAGCAUUGCCACUGACACAUGUCAAAGAAAGGAACGCUACGUUAGGAACCUCUGCUCUCUGGAAGUGUAAGGCUUACUCAUUGACUGAGCCCAAACUUUAAGAAUGUUCUAAUUGAAGCAGUAUGUUGACUACUUUUCAAAACCAAUAUUUUACAGUUGUUUUAAGAUUUAAUCAAUCACAAUGAAAAAAAAAAUAGUAGUCGGUCAAUCCAGUCCCUGAAUCCUGCAUUUUUUGGCAAAGCGAGACUGUUGGCAUGCCAUGGAUGGACUUCCUCAAAUCAUCCUGCAGCGUAUCUCUUCUUUUCUUGCUUUUAAUUGUCAGUCAUGUACCUGGGAGAAUACUCUUCCAGUUUCAAUUGCUUUGUUAAAAAAUAUACUCGAACUCUUUCCUAUAAAAUCUUUAAACAAAAAAAGAAAAAUUCAGGUUUUUACUCAAAGACUUAAUUUCAACUCAUAGUGAAUCGAUGUUUUAACUUCUCUCUUUUUUAAUAAACAUGAAAUUUCUCCAGUAUCAAUUAGGGUUAAUGUCCCAUUCAUAGUUCCUGGGAAUGCAUUGCAAUGGUGAACUACUUAUAAAAGGACAUUCUGCAAAUAUUUUUUACUGAGCUGUUUUGAAGAGCUAGGAAAAUCAGACUAUUGUGCUUAAAUCUAAUUUCAUCUCUCCAUUUGAUGAUGUCAAAAUUUUAUACCUCCAAUCCUGCCAGUACAUAUUGUCUAAUCACUUUUCUAAAGAUAAGUUUACUAAAACACUAUCGUUGCGCUCUGGUAUCAAAUCAGAGUAUACUGUAGUCUUUUCGAAACAUGAUGAUGGGCCUUCAUUGAUUUUAACAAAGGAACUAUAGUGUCAGAAAACAAAUUUUCUGUCAAUGUAAUAUUUUUUUGAGCUAGUUGGAGGUUGGUAAGAGCUGGAGAGCCGUUAUUGUUCACUUUAAAGUCUAUCGCUUGAAAUUCAAUUUUACCUGAAAAUAAUCUUUUUUAAGUCCCUAUAAAUGUUAAAAAUCACAGGUGUUUUUUUAAAAAAAAAAUUGGGCCAGCGCGCUAAAACUUCAUGGUGGAUUUCAAAAUCGUGGUACCAAUAAAUUGAAGUAAGAUAAUAAUUAGUAUUUUUUAAGUCCCUCCUGAGAGAAACUCAAAAGAAGACUGAAAAGCACUAUUUGUUUAAAUCUCAAAUAUUUUAGGUAACUUUUAAAGUAUUAGCAAAAUUUAACCUCAUAAGUGCUGUGUUCUGCUCGAUUUUCUAGUAUAUUUAGUUGAUCUGUUUUUUUUUCAAGAAAAUUGGUUUUAAGCCCUCUUACACUCCUGAAAAUAAUUUACAAUCCCACACAAAAAUGCUGCGAUAAAAUUUUCCUCAGAUGAACCUCUUAUUUAUCGAUUAAAUUAAGAAGUUAACUUCUCAAGUUGUCUCCACAACUUCUUCCUGCCCAGUGUUCUUUUUGCGAUGGACCUCAGGAAUAUGGUGAAAAGUUCUGAGAAUUAUUGUUUAAAGCUUUAUCAAGUGAUAGCCCCCUAGGAUAUUGAGCCUUUUUGGAGGAGGCAGUAAAUUCACAAUCAGAACUGUUCGGCAGCAGGAAGAUUUCCAAUUUGAAACUUCGGACUAGGGGCGGUCUCCACUGCGGAGAGUCUGAUUGCUCAUAGGGGCUUUUAUAUAAUUUUUUCUCUUUUGCAUUUUCUAUCAUCGUUUUGGCAACUUCCUUCUCUCUUAUAUAAAGCUGUACAAAUUUAAAUAAGAAGUCAUUGAUAGUGGAACGUUGACUAGAAAAAGCCAGAAUUAAUGAUAUUUCAUCAAUGGCCAGUUAGAGCUGGAAAAAAAAUAAAUAAAUAAAAAAAUAAACAAAAAUUAUGGGAACUUAAAGGAUCACUAAAGUAGAUAAUGAGGCUGACCAAUUUAUGCCUCCAUCUUUUAAGGUAUAUGCUAGCAUCGUAAGCUUACUUAACAUAAAAAUUGAGAUCAUCAAAUAAGCUGUAAAGAAUUCUAAAAAUAAAAAGACAGAGAUAGCAAACGAAAGAGUGGAAUGACCGUAGCUUUCUUUAAUUAGUUUAAGUUCUUUGGUGUAUACAUUUUUUCAAUUCUUAUUUUAUGGUACAUUGAUUUUAUUUUUAUGCAUACAAAAGAUUGGAAAAAUAGGACUCUCUCAGUCUAAGGAUAGCCAGCAAAUAAUUUAAAAAAUAAUUAAUUAAUUCUGUCGAGCACUUCAAGCCUCCUGAAAAUUCGAUCUUCCAUAUAAUUAAUAAAAAAAUAUUGGAGAAACAACCCUGUCUCUGAUAUAAGCCGGUAGUUGGAACUAUACAUAUGCAGAACCAAUGUCAAGGCACUGGACAGUAUUACUGCGGUGCUAAGGAAGAACGGCGUGUGAACCUUCUUGCGUUCCCAAUUUUCCUUUGAUUAAACAUGAAUUUUCAGGAAAACUUGAGAAUGUCUUCUGUCCAACUUUUCAGAGAAUUUGCUUCACAAUGUGAGCUCAAGUAUCUGAAAAUUUGAAGAAGAAAUGAGCAUGAUUUUUCACAAAAAUUAAUAUUUAAAGAGGGGGAAUCCGGCAACGUUUUAAUGAUCAUACGGCACUUUUUCCUUAGCUCAUUAGAAUAGUAGUACCAAUCAGUUCAUAUUGAGUUGUUAGUGAGAAAGAAAAAAAGAGUUAUUUGCCCAAGGUAGAUCAUCUACUCAGCAGCAACAAUGCUCAUCAUCACAUCAGUUUUAUCGGGAAUUUUGGUUUUAGAAUCUUUUUAAGUAGGUAUAGAUUUUGUGACAUUUGUAUUUAAGAAGACAUUAGUAAUUGAUCAGCAUCAGAAAAAUUUAGUCUGUUGUUCACCUGUUUUCAAGUGUCAUUGUUACGAUUUUACUGUUUUUUAUAAAAUUUUGUUGACGUCUGUUAAAGAAACUAUUAUAGUUUUUUCAAGUUCCAACCAUUGCUCAGGUGCUGUCACUAGAGUAAUUUUCCUUUUUACUUGUCCUAAUUUUCAUUUUAACUGAGAGAGUCAAGCUCUAAGAUUACAGGUACAAAUUAUAGUGGAGAAAAGGAAAAAUGGUGUCUAAGAAUUUACAUAAUACAUUUGUUAAGUUUCCUAUCAAAUCAUUCCUUAAUUAUUUGUAAUUAUUUAUGAGGCAUAGACAAAACAAUGCCUUUAUUUUUGUAAGGCUGUUUCUAUGAAAUUUCUGCGACGACACACCCUUUAUAAUGGGUUGUUCGUGAAAUGAGAAGCCUCUCUCCUUUUCUUGAAAAAUAUAGAAGCAUGACUACGCCUAAAUAUUUUGUUAACGAUUUUAUACUUACAUCUUUCCAACAGUAUUUGGUUUUUCCUAUUCGUUUUUCUUCUUACCUAAUGGUUGUUCAGAAAUCGCAAUCUCUUACAUGCACCUCUAAAAAUGUCUUGCCAUCUUUUAGGUAAGAUGAAAAUUGAUUUGUUUUAUAUUCUUUUCGCAGCAACUACUCAAGCUUUAAAUGAGAAUUAAUCAUACCUUCUUUGCUUUUCUGCUUGAAUCAUACAGCAAAAUCAAUUUAUUUGUAAAGGGUUGAGAUUAAAGAGUUUUAGCGAAAGAAUGCACUUCUUUUAACUUCAAUUUUGCCGAGGAAAUAUGUGAAAAAUUACCCUAUGGCAACCCUUAUUUAAGCUUAGUUGCUAGCACUAAAGCAGCGCAUUAAUGAGGCAUUGGAAAUUUUUUAUUUAAGGUCGAACUCACAAUCCUCCCUUCAACAACUGCUUUUCAUAGGAGGUCCCAUUUGCUUUAUACUGUGACCAAGGCAGUUUCAAGAAAUCCCUCAAAAUGGCAUCAUGAAAAGGAAAUUUCUCACCAACAUCGAGUAAAAUGCAGCAUUGUAACUUUAGAAAGGGUCCUUGAAAGAGAUUACAAUGAUUAAUCACUAUAAAAAAUACAAAAAAAAUAUAUCGUGAGGUUCCUAACUUUAGUUUGCACCUAUCUGCAAGUUCAUCAAAAUCAUAAACGUUUUCCUUCCGUAUUUUGUACUUAUUGCAGUGGCUCGUCAUUGUAAUCCCUCACAAGGAUCCGUUUCUGAAGUUAUAUUGCUGAAUUUUACUCGAAUAAAAGACUAGAAAUAAUCCUUUUUAAGAUGCUAUUUAGCGGAAUUCCGUUAACCUCUCUUAAUGACAAUGUAAACCAAGUGGGGCCCCUAAGGAAAGGAGCUGAAUGAAUACGAGCCUAAAUCUCUGAAGAGAGAAAAUGAAUACAACUAACGCAGGGGCAUCGUAAUUCUCUGAGAUAUUCGCGAUUUGAUGCAAAAAGGCAAGGAAUAUUAAAAUUGAAUCAAUAAAAUUGUAAGACGAUUCUCAAAUAACUGCGACUUUACCUGCUGACAAUAAAGCAGUAAAAAAUAUUAUUUUGUUGUUAAUUUUUUUUAAAAAAUGAUAAUGAAAAAUUGUAUUGAAUUUAAUCACGUCUUUCAUUUUUUAACCAAAGAAGACGUUGUUUAUUUGAAUAAAGCUCACUGCUCCAGUUA